CCGGGGCAGGGGCGUGUCGGGGUUGGAGCGCAGAGGCGGCGGGACAGACCCUCGAUCCGGCGUCUCCAGGAGGCGCCCGGGAAGACCCCGCGCUCGUGGGGGCUGUGGACAUGAACUACACGCGGUUUCUCACCGCGGUCAGCGCGUCCAGGACGCCGUCUCCCAUCCGGGCCGUGACUAGUAAAUUGAUCAAGGCGCCCAAAUCGGUCAUUUCCUUGGCUACUGGAGCGCCAAAUCCGAGCCUGUUCCCCUUUAAGACCGCCGCCAUCACCGUGGAAGAUGGAACAACCAUCCAGUUCGGAGAGGAGACGAUGAAGAAAGCGCUGCAGUAUUCGCAGAGCGCUGGGAUCCCGGAGCUGUUGUCCUGGCUAAAACAGUUGCAAGUAAGAUUGCACAAUCCUCCCACCGUCCAUUCUCCACCCAGUCAGGGACAAAUGGACAUAUGUGUCACGACUGGCAGCCAGGACGGUCUUUGUAAGGUGUUCGAAAUGAUCCUUAACCCCGGAGAUAAUAUUCUCCUAAAUGAGCCUGUUUAUGCAGGAACACUUGAAGCUCUGAGGCCGCUGGGCUGCAACAUGAUCAACGUGGCCAGCGACGAACACGGGAUGAUCCCAGACUCCCUCCGAGAAGUACUUUCCAAGUGGAAACCAGAAGAUUCAAAGAACCCCAAGAAAAACACCCCCAAGUUUCUCUAUACUGUCCCAAAUGGCAACAACCCUACUGGAAACUCAUUAACAAGUGACCGCAAAAAGGAAAUCUACGAGCUUGCAAGAAAAUACGAUUUCCUCAUCGUAGAAGACGAUCCUUACUAUUUUCUCCAGUUUAACAAGACCUGGGCACCGACAUUCCUGUCCAUGGACGUCGACGGGCGUGUCAUCAGAGCUGACUCUUUUUCCAAAGUCCUCUCCUCUGGGUUGAGAGUCGGGUUUUUAACUGGCCCGAAGCCCUUGAUAGAGAGAGUGGUUCUUCACACGGAAGUGUCCUCCUUACACCCCAGCACUUUUAACCAGCUGAUGGUGUCCCAGCUGCUGCACCAGUGGGGAGAGGAGGGCUUCCUGGCCCACGUGCGCCGGGUUGCCGAUUUCUACAGGAGCCAGCGGGACGCAGUGUUGGCAGCGGCCGACAAGUGGUUAAAGGGUUUGGCGGAGUGGCAUGUUCCUACUGCUGGGAUGUUUCUGUGGAUUAAAAUUAAAGGCAUUUCUGAUGUAAAAGAAACGAUGGAAGAAGAAGCCAUGAAGAGAGAGAUACUACUGCUUCCUGGAAACGGUUUCUACAUCCACAGCUCAGCUCCCAGCCCUUACUUGAGAGUGUCCUUCUCUCUGGCCUCUCCAGAACAGAUGGACGUGGCCUUCAAGAUAUUAGCCCAACUUAUAAAAGAAUCUUUAUGAAAAAAAAUCAAAAUGAUCAGACUGCUCAUGGAUUUUUCCAAUAAAUUAUUUCAAUGUUUUAGAGGGAAGAAAUGGUCAUUGGUAUUGGACUUUCAGAUGAGAUUUUUCUCAGACAUGUCUGUAGCAGUUCAGUGAGACAACUUUUAAAGUGCCUUUAAAUCCUCAGAUUGCCAAAAUGUAUUAGGAAUUUUGAUAAAUUUUCAAUAUGCAAAAUGUAUUUUUAUCUUAGAUCUAAUUGUAAAGAACUCUGUAGUUGCUUGCUUUAUGAUUUCCCAUAAAUUUUCCUUGGAAAUUAUGUCAAAUUAUUUUGAAAAUUAAAGGAAAUAAGUUCAAAAUGGUAUGUAAUGGGUAGUUUUUCUAUUUUCAGAAAAGUUUAAUGAAAGCAAAAUUAUAAUUUGACUAUUAUUUUUACUGAGUAUCUUAGACAUUAUGUUAUGCCACAGAAAUCCCUUUAAAAUAAAAUUCCGAAGCUAAACAAAAAAAAGAGUGAGAUUAUGAUAUAUGCAUUGUAUCUCUAGCAUUUACCUGGCAUAGGUGAAAUGUUGAAUUAUUAUACCCAUGAUUGGGAAGUAUCAUUCAUUGGUCAUAGGUUGUUAUGUGACAGAGCUGGGGCUGCUUUUUGGUUUUUAUGUUUAAAAAUCUUUAGGGUGGAGUACUGUGGCUCAUGUCUGUAAUCCUAGCACUCUGGGUGGCCAAGGCGGGUGGAUUGCUUGAGCUCAGGAGUUUGAGACCCUCCUGAGCAAAAGCAAGACCCUAUCUACUAAAAAUAGAAAAGAAACUAGCCAAAUAUAGGCCUGUAGUCCCAGCUACUCAGGAGGCUGAGGUGAGAGGAUUGCUCAAGCCCAAGAGUUUGAGGUUGCUGUGAACUGUGAUGUUGCAGCACUCAGAGUGAGAUUCUGUCUCAAAAAACAAACACAAAAAUCUUUUUAGCACACCAGCAAUUAGCAUAACAAAAGCAUUCCAAUUCUCUUAGAUUUCCAGAAAAAAAUGUCUGAAGGUCUCAAGAAUAGCUUUCGUCCUUGAACAUUCUCUAUGUAUAUAAGCUAUAUGAGAAACGUUUUGUCUCAAAAAUUGUUUCUUUGACUUAGAAAAUCUUUCAUUUACCCGGAUAGUACUUGUCAAAGAAAAAAUAUUCAAUGAUACUUGUUAAAAGAUGACUUAAUUCAGGACCAUUCUGAUAGAUACAGGGACCACUGCUAUGGGAUUUUACAGUGGGGAAAGAUGUGAUGUUCGACUCUGACUACAAGAUGGACAGGUGAGAAUUUAUAACCAAGAAGCAGGGCUGACUGACCUAACAAGAUUCUUACUGAAGACAGGCCAGGAUGAUGAGACCUAACUGGGGAUAUGGUGGCGGGUGAGAAACCUGAUCAGAUGUUAAGGUUUCUUGCUAAACUGACUUAGCUAAAACAGGAUUUUAAAAGGAAGUGCACCGUUUGGCCAAGGAGAAGGGUCAGGAGCGUAACUAAAGUUUGGUCAAGCGAAGAAUCACUGUUGUACCUGAGAUUGUGAAUAAUAAAACAUUUAAACAGA